AUGAGUUCUCCGCCGAGACAGACGCAUUUACGGUCACCAGUGAUCCUCCUAAAGUCACCUGUUCUCCCGGGGGGAGUGAUCCGGUCGCCAAGACCCAAGGACUCUCAUGUCGAUCUCCCCAGCGAGCAGGUAAUUGAGGAUGUCGUGGAUAUCAUCAAAACAGAGGAGCGCAGAAACUGGCUCAGGGGACUCCUCUAUCUGUUCCUGACUGUGGCAACCUGGGUGUUUGGACUACAGCUGACGAACAAUGUUCUAAAGGGGGACUCGUAUCAGCACCCCUUAUUUGUGGCAUACGUAAAUGGGGGUCUUUUUGUUAUAUUUGGGAUCAAGCCCGCGUUCAAAAGCCUGAUAAAGGCUUGUACAGCCUCCGAGCCUAGGCUCGACGAUUCUGUGUUCAACUCAUACGAUUCUUGCGGUUCUUCAAGUAUAAUUCUCCACGCUCCUUCCAAGCAGCUCUCGCUCAAGGAAUUGAUAAUUGUUGCGGUCCAGGCUGGUCUUAUUUAUUAUGCAAACGCUGCCUUGAGCGCAAUUGCACUACAGUAUACAAGCGCAUCCAACCAAACGAUUCUCACGACCACAAGCUCCGUCUUUACGCUUCUUCUCAGUUAUCUAUGUGGCGUCGACACAUUGUCCCUGGGCAAGGUAGUUUCCGUCCUGGCAAGUAUCGCAGGAAUAUGUCUGAUAACCUUUAACAGCUUGGCAUCUUCUCAAUCCGCAUCCCCCAACCCAAUAUUGGGGAAUUGCAUUGCUCUUUGUGGGACGUUUCUUUAUUCUUGCUACUUAGUCCUUUUAAGAGUGAAGAUAGGCAAAGAGACAAGCCCAGACAACGAAAGGCUCAUAUUUGGUCUUUUGGGACUGAGUAUUCUCAUAUUGGCGUGUCCUCUGCUUCUGUUCGCAAGCUUCCUUGGGUUCGAAAAACUCUCUCUUCCAGAUAGCUCUACGAUCUUCUGGAUUGUCUUCAUUGGAGGGCUUUUCAACUGUCUCUCGGACUAUUUUUCGAUCUUGGCAACCUUGUUGACUUCUCCGCUGAUCACGUCGUUGUCGCUUUCCACCGCAAUUCCCGUCAACAUGAUUUGCGACUCUGUAUUCUACAAAGUGAAGAGCACAUCAGCUAGAUACUAUCUUGGCAUUAUCCUAAUUUUCUCUUCCUUUGUCUUUGCCAAUCUGUCCAACGAGGACGAAGUGGUGCAGGAGGCUAUCGAGGAGGCCAUUGAAGAGGCUAUUCAGAACGACGAAAUGCUUUCUCCAUUCUUGUCGCCUUAUCUGCAACAGCAAGGUCGCGUAGACGACGUACCAAGAAUGAACAUCAACACCUCGCAAAGAACGGGUCCUCCCGCGCAGGUGGUAGUUGCAGGCGGACACAACCACAGGUACUUCAUCAGAGAAAUUCCACCAAUUUGA